UUAAGCGCGGGGAUGGGAGCUUCUGAUAGCCGAGGACUUUCUGCAUUUUCCUGAUUACGUUUUGAGGCACAGCGGCGAGAAACUGCAGCCUGGUACCUCCUGGAAAGUGUCCCUUCGCAGAUUAACUGCCUGGCUUCAGCAUCUGGGGGUUCAUGAGCCACCUCGGAGCCACGUGGAGGUGACGCCCCGAUGGGAGAAACUCGCACAGAAGAAUAAGGCAGGAUGGAUGUGUAUGACCCUCAGACGCUGGGUGUUAUGGUCUUUGGAGGUUUUAUGGUGAUAUCGGCCAUCGGGAUCUUCCUGGUGUCCACCUUCUCCAUGAAGGAGACAUCUUACGAGGAAGCCUUGGCCAAGCAACGCAAAGAGCUUGAGAAAACUCAGCAGCAGAAAAUAGAGAAAAAGAAGAAAGAGAAACCUGUUGAGAAAAAAGGAAAAGCAAAGAAAAAGGAAGAGAAACCUAAUGGAAAGAUCCCGGAGCAGCAGGUGACUCAGGAAGUGACAGACUCUCCCAAGGAUGUGGUUCUUGAGCCUGCAGUGGUGCCCGAGCCCGUAACUGUUGAGCCUCCAAUCGCAGCAGUGACAGCGGCUCCCCAGGAAAAGGAGAAACCUGCUCCAUCACCUAAGGAGAAGAGGAAGAAGGAGAAGAAGGUGGCAAAGGUAGAGCCUGCUCCUAGCCCGGUGUUGGCUUCGCCUCCUGUCAGUGUCCCCAAAAGUUCUUCCGUCUUGGAGGUGACCCCUAAGGAGGUGCCUGUUGUGGCUGUGCCACCAGUUGGCACACAGCAAACUGCUCCAGUCAUCAGCUCUGUUGCCAUCAAGAAAACCGAUGCUCUUCCAACCCAUGAGGAGCAGAAGCAUGAUGGACCUGUCAAGAAGAAGGCUGCAUCCAAGAAGAAGAGCGAGCCAGCACCCGCGGACUCGGAUGGGCCCCUCUACCUGCCCUACAAGACGCUCGUGUCCACCCUCAGCAGCAUGGUGUUCAGCGAGGGGGAGGCCCAGCAGCUCAUCGAGAUCCUGACGGAGAAAGCGGGCAUCAUCCAGGACACCUGGCACACGGCCACGCAGAAAGGUGACCCAGUCGCUGUCCUGAAACGCCAGCUGGAAGAGAAGGAGAAGCAGCUCGCUGCCGAGCAGGAGGAUGCGGCCGCUGCCAGAAACAAGCUGCGGGAGCUGAGCAAGGAACUGGCGGCGGAGCGGGCCAAGGCGGUGGCCGUGGAGGGCAAGCUGAAGGAGCAGCUGCUCGCCCGUGAGCGGGAGAUCGCUGCGGUGCAGGCACGCAUGCAGGCCAGCUACCAGGACCACGUCAGCGAAACGCAGCAGCUCCAGGGCAAGAUCCGGACCCUGCAGGAACAGCUGGAGAACGGCCCCAACACGCAGCUGGCUCGUUUGCAGCAGGAGAACUCCAUCCUGAGGGAUGCCCUCAACCAGGCCACCAGCCAGACGGAGAGCAAGCAAAACGCUGAGCUGGCCAAGCUACGGCAGGAGUGCAAUAAGCUGAUGAAAGAGCUGUCGGAGAAAUCGGAGGUGCUGCAGCAAGAGGAGCAGCAGAAGAAGAGCUGGGAGAUCAAAGCGGCGGCCUCCGAGAAGCAGAUCGAGCAGCUGCAGGCUUCCCAAAGGGAGGUGGAGGCGACGCUGCAGAAGAGGCUGGACGAAGUAAGCGACGAGCUCCGCAAAACCCAGAGCAGCUACAAAAGCCUGUUAGCAGAGGCGGAAAAGGCCAAAGGGCAGCAGCAGAGCAUUGCUGAACUGCAGGCCAAGCUGCUGAGCUCCGAAACAGAGGUUAAAAGCAAGUUGCUGGAGCUGGACAACGUGAAGGGGAAGCUGCAGGAUGCCAGCUCGGAGAACACGAAGCUCCUGGAGAGGAUCAAAUCCAUCGAAGCUCUGCUGGAGGCAGGCCAGAUGAGGGAGGCGGAAAAAGACAGAGGCUUGCAGGCAGCCAAUGAAGCAGAAAUGAAGCAGCUGCAGUCAAGGCUUCAGGAGAAGACGGACCAGCUCUCGUCCUUGGAAAGGGAAGCCACAGAGCUGCGAGAGGCGAUGGAGCAACAGAAGAUUAAAAACAACGACCUUCGCGAGAAGAACUGGAAAGCAAUGGAAGCAUUGACCACGGUGGAAAAGGCAUGUGAGGAAAAACUACUUGCUGCUACAAAAGCAAAGGAAGAGCUGGCUCAACAGCUGGACAUGCUCCAGACACGAACCAAGCAGACGCUGCUCUCUGCCCUCCCCGGAGUCACCGUGUCCUCGCAGCAGGAUUAUGACACGUGGCUACAGGAGUUUAAGGAGAAGACCAUGGAUGUGCUAAAGCAGCAGACGAUUACAACAGAGCUCCCGGAUGCAGCACUUAAAUUAAAAGAGGCAGAGGAAGCGCAAAGCACUUUACAAGCAGAAUGUGAGCAGUAUAGAACUAUACUUGCAGAGACGGAAGGGAUGCUGCGAGACCUGCAGAAGAGCGUGGAGGAGGAGGAGCAGGUGUGGAAAGCAAAGCUCACAGCGUCUGAAGAGGAACUCCAAAAGUCGCAACUUCAGCUGAAAUCCCUUGAAGACAUGGUGGAGAAGUUGAAAGCAGAUCUGCAGAGCACGGAUCAGCUAAAGGAAUACACCUCUCUUCUGGAAACACAACUGGAAAAUCACUUGGAGACAGCCAGCUCCGAACGCCAAAACUACACAAAAGAAGUUGAAGUCUUGAGGCAGCUCCUGUCAGAGUCCCAGAAGCAGCUGGAGGCAGCGAAGACGGAAACGCAGAAGCAGAGCAAGGAGCUGGCCCUGGUCAGGCAGCAGUUGAGUGAGAUGAAGAGCCACGUGCAGGAUGGAGAAGUAGUGGGGUUACAAGCUGACCCCAGCGAGCCUGCGCCCCUCGAGUUGAAAACCCAGCUGGAGCAAAACGAAACACUGGUGGAGAAGGAGCAAGUGCUGCGGCAAAAGCUGGCGCUGGAGCUGGAGGAGGCCCAAAGCUCGGCGUGCAGUUUGCAAGCGGAGCUGGAAAAGCUGCGACUCGCUGAAAACGCAGCGGCUUCGGACACGGAAGAGGCCCAGCAUCUCAAGGAAAGACUUGAAAAAGAAAAAAAAUUAACAAAGGACCUGGGCCAGGCAGCAACCAAACUACAGGAGCUACUGAAGGUUACCCAGGACCAACUGGCCAAAGAGAGAGAAACGGUGAAGAAGUUGAAAGAACAGCUUCAGGAAACGGGGGAAGAGGACAGUUCGAAGGAAGGGACUUCAGUUUGACGAGUCUGUGACCUAGACCUUACCGUUCAACUUACCAAAAUGCCUUACACAUUCCUAAAAAUAAAAAUAUAUGCUGAAUUUACUGUAGAUAAAAGAUACAAGCCAUUAGUGACCCAAAACCUAGUUUUGAAACUUUAAAAAAAAAACAACAAAACCCACAAAAAAAAAAAACCCCAGCCAGUAAACACUGCAGGCGUAUGUCUGUAAGAAAAUCUUCAUACUGUUUUUGUACAAGCGUUUGUUCCCCGGGGAGCCGCUCCGCUCACGUUGGGGCGAGCGCUGGGGCUUCACCCUCCUGUCGAUGCAGAACCCACGAAUGUGUGAAAAGGGAAGACUGUGUUUGUACAUCAACCGGUGCAAUUAUUAUUAUAUAUUUUUUCUUUCUUUUUUUUUUUUUUUUUUUUUUUUUUGGAAUGAAAGAGGUGUGAAAGUCAGACCCACCAUGGAAGGAAGCCGCUCUUUUGAUGGGUGGCUCUUGGCACGUAUCCUUUUGUGUAUUUCUGGGUGUCGAUGCAAUUAAAAUGACGU